AUGCCCCCCAAGGCCGCCGACAAAAAGCCCGCCUCCAAGGCGCCCGCCACCGCCAGCAAGGCUCCCGAGAAGAAGGAUGCCGGCAAGAAAACAGCUGCUUCGGGUGAAAAGAAGAAGCGCUCCAAGACCCGCAAAGAGACAUACAGCUCCUACAUCUACAAGGUACUGAAGCAGGUCCACCCCGAUACUGGCAUCUCUAACCGUGCCAUGUCUAUUUUGAACUCAUUCGUCAACGACAUUUUUGAACGUGUUGCUACUGAGGCGUCCAAGCUAGCAGCCUACAACAAGAAGUCAACUAUUUCUUCCCGAGAGAUCCAGACGUCUGUUCGCCUCAUCCUACCCGGGGAACUUGCCAAGCACGCUGUCUCGGAAGGCACCAAGGCUGUCACCAAGUAUUCUUCAUCCACGAAAUAA